AUGAACAGAAUACUUAACCAAAAAAGGUUACACCAACUCCAACAAUUCCACCCCAAACUAGAAAAUGUUUGGUAUUUAGUGGCUUCAGCAACUUUUAGCGUAUGUAAUCGCCCAGAAGAGAUACCGUUGAUUUAUCACCAAGCGUUAUCUACACAAAAUGGUAAACCUAUAGAUGAUAGAGCUAAGAUUAUACACGAACUACUUGAAAGUAACAGAUCUGAUUCACUAAAAGCCGAUAGCCUCAUGGAAAGCAUAAAUGAAACAUAUAAGAAUCCAAUCCAGUAUGAAGUUCAAAUUACAAAAAAAUUAAGAGAAGCAUUAUUAAUUACUUAUCCAUUAGGUGGAUUACCAAAAGCAAUUAAUUCUUUAUCACAGUUAAAAAGUGUUACACCUAGUGCUUUAUUACCUUGUGUAAAUCAGGACGUUGAUAUUACAAAUCCUAAUUUAAAUACUGAUGCACUUUUUCAAGAUACAUUACGGGCAAACCCUAAAACUAUAGAAGAAUAUAAAAAAGUUACAGAUGAUGGGAUCAAAUAUUGGAACAAUGUGUAUAAUAAAGUGUCGAACAAAGUUUUUCAUAAUAUUAGCAAAUCAUAUCCAGAUAUGAUUUACUUCAUCAUUAAACAUACAUAUGGCCCCCUAUUUUCAUUUAAUAAGAUUUUAAAUGAAAAAGAGAAAUGCUUAAUUAUUGUUUCUGCAUUAGUCCCCCAAGAUGUAGAUGCUCAAUUAUAUGGUCAUUUGAAAGGCGCAUUAAACGCUGGCUGUGAUAAAGAAGUAGUCAGUCUCAUACAAGACAUGUCUAUUAUGAUAUCUACUUGGUGUGGGGUUAGAUCGUCAAACAAAAUUUCCAAAUUGUAG